CCGAGCCGCCAUGGCGGCGGUACCGAGAGAUGCAGGCUCUGGGCCUGCAGCGGGCGCCCGCUUCUUCUGCACCGCGGGCCGCGGUCUGGAGCCCUUCGUGAUGCGGGAGGUGCGGGCGCGGCUGGCGGCCACGCAAGUUGAAUAUAUUUCAGGAAAAGUUUUUUUCACCACCUGUCCUGACUUGAAUAGGCUGAAAAAGUUAAAAUCUGCAGAAAGAUUAUUUUUGCUAAUUAAAAAGCAGUUUCCAUUUGAUGUUUCUUCUGUAAGUAAAGGAAGAAUGUGUAAUGAAAUGCAAAGACUGAUAAGUGAUGAUCCUGAGAGUUGGUUGAAUGCCAUUUCAAUAUGGAAAAAUCUUCUUGAACUUGAUGCAAAAAAGGAAAAACUGUCUCAAAGAGAUGCUAACCCACUGAAAAGAAACAUGGGAGAGAAUGACAUCAUCAUUGCUAAGAAAUCAAAAACAGAGAUACAAGAGAACAGGGAAUGCCAACUGGAAAAACAAAUGGAAGAAGAAAUACUGGAGCAAGGAAAUGGUAUCACUGAAAGAGAAGAAGUUCAAGAGGAAGAAUCUGAGAAGGAUGUAGCAAAAGCGGUGGUUGCUCAUAUCCAGGGCGACUUGACUUUCCGAGUUUCUUGCCGCUGUAGUGGGGCUGUUGCAAAGACCUUCACUGCACAGGAGAUAGGAAGAGUAAUUGGAAUUGCACUUAUGAAACAGUUUGGAUGGAAAGCAGAUUUGAGGAAUCCAAAUUUGGAGAUAUUUAUACAUCUAAAUGACGUUUACUCUGUGGUGGGAAUUCCAGUGUUCAGGGUUCCUUUAGCCAGCAGAGCUUACAUCAGGACAGCAGGGCUGAGGUCUACCAUAGCGUGGGCAAUGGCCUCUCUCGCCGAAAUUAAGGCUGGUGCAUUUGUGUUAGAUCCAAUGUGUGGACUUGGAACAAUACUUCUGGAAGCCGCUAAAGAAUGGCCAGAUGUGUAUUAUGUAGGUGCUGAUGUCAGCGACUCGCAGUUGCUCGGUUCGCGUGACAAUCUGAAAGCUGCCGGCCUUGAGGAUAAAGUGGAGUUACUUAAAGUCUCUGUUGUAGAAUUGCCGUUGCCUUCAGAAAGUGUCGAUAUUAUUAUUUCUGACAUUCCAUUUGGGAAAAAGUUUAAGUUGGGAAAAGACAUCAGGAGCAUUCUACAAGAAAUGGAAAGAGUGCUUCACGUUGGCGGGACCGUUGUGCUCUUGCUCAGCGAAGAUCACCACAGGCGCCUUAAAGACUGUGAAGAGAGCAGCAGCCCUUCGAGAUCCCAUGGCAGCCACACAGGUGAACCAGGAAGUGAAAAGUGUUUGAAUCCUGAAGAAAAACCUGGCCUGUCAGAGACAGCGUCAUCUUCAUUCGAAGCCAGUCACCAGGGAUGCUUAGACCAAAUGCCACCGUUUGGUUCUUUAGUGCCAGUAGAAUGCUACAGCGUUAGCCUUGGAAAAACAGGUGCAUGCAUCUGUAAAUAUAAGAAGUCACACUCCUCUGGACUAGCGCAAGCUUGCCACCAUAGGCCAGGUUCAAGUCCUCGUGCGUCAGCUGGACGGCAAUAGAAGCUGGUUGUCUCAAGCGUCUUGAUCGUGCCACAGAGUUCCAGUAAACAGAAUCCACUGAAGGCUGGAGUUGGGACAAAGGCUCUCAGUCAGAGUUUCUGGUUUAGACUCUAAAGGGCUUCAUGUUUCUGACAAAGAACAAUGAAUCAAUACUUAAAGUUCUCUUCAACUUUGUAUUCUGUCAAAAUGUAAAAAGUUCUGCUCUGCCUGCACUGUUUCUGAGCAGAAGCUUCAAUUUCAAAACAGAUGUUCUCAGAGGUUCGCAUAAAGUGAAUUGUAAUCAUCACAACGUGGGUAUCACUAUUUUAACUAUCAGCUUUUCAAAAUGUAGAAACUUUUAUAUGUUACUUCUUCGGAUAUUAAACUUGACUUUUUGAACCUGUAA